AUGUAUUAUUUUCGCCAUCAAGAAAGUGUAAAUGGAGAUUUCCUCAGACAUAAUAAUGCUGAAGAACAUCAUUCUGUUAUAAAAAGUUUAUUGGAAAUUUGUUUACAACCUAUGGAUACUGCUCGAACUCUAUUAGAAAUGGCCCGCUGGAUUUGGAUUUAUGGUGAUCAUUAUCCAUUUCUUGUUGAAAGAUCAGCUAUUAAAUGCUGCAGAGAAGCAAUCAACAUUUUGAAAGAUCAGUUAAAUAAGGAAAUUAAUAAUUCUACUUUAAAAUUUUACUUAUCUCUGGCAUAUUUUUGGUUAUAUCAGAUACAAAUGAGAAAUUUACAAACAGCAGCACAGAAAGAAAUUCAGAAUUCUUCAAAGUUGUUUAUUGAUGCAGAGAACAAAACUCGUACUCCUAGAGGUGAUGAGGAAGAUAAGGAAGAAAAAUGUGAUAUUGAUUCUGCAUUUUCAUUUAUUAAUAUUUAUAUUCAAGAAGAAAUGUUAGAGCCAUUAAAUAAGGCAUUAUCAUUGUGGAUUGACAUAUUUCACACAAAAUCAGAAUGGAAAACUACUAUUCCAAUAGAAGAAUUAUUAGAAAUUCUUGAUGUUGUCAGAACUGUAGCAGAGAUUUAUAAUACAACUGAAAAGGUUGUUGAAGAAAUAAAAACAUGGACAUUACUAAAGCACAUUGCAAAAGUUUUAAAUAAUCCGAUCACUGAAUUACAUUCUCUAAGUAUGCUUAUUAUAAUUUUAUCCAGAUAUCAUUUACUGGAAGCUGCAAAAUAUUUUGUUAAUGAAGGAAAAAAACUUUGUGAAGAGAUUGUUCCACUAAAUUCAUCUGAUUCUUAUGCAUAUUUAAUAAAAUUAAAGUUUAACCUUUCUUUAAGUGAAUAUUUUUUUCAUUCCGAACAGUAUACCAUUGGAAUACAAAUUUUAAGUGAAGUAUUGUCAUCAUCAUUUCUACAACGUCAUACUAAAACUAAUACUCUUUUAAUGGCAGAAGCUAAGAAGCUAGCAAGUUUUUAUCUUUUACUCUCCCCAAAAGUAUUUUCAAUUACAUUGGAAAAAGAUGAAUGCACAUUUAAUUUAAUGCAAACUAAUACACCAAUUAAUUUAGCUAUAGAAAGUACAGGGUUAUGUUUAGGGCUUCUGAAUCAUUUUUCAAUUGCUGAUAUUAACACAGCAAUGAUUAAUAAAGAUUCUCCAUGGUAUAAGCCAUAUUUAUAUAGAACUUUUAUAGAAUCAAGUUUAUUAUUGGGAAAAUUAUAUGUAAUGAUUGGUGCACCAAGAGAAGCUCAAUGUUUCUUACAAGAAAGCUUUACAGUUGCACAAGGAAUUAUUUUGGCAAAUAGAACAAUAAGUAUUUUAAUAUUGCUGGCACAACUGGACUUAUUAUGUGAAAAUUAUGAUGAUUGUAAUACAAAGAUAAUAAAUUUGAAAAAUAUUUUGAAUUUUAAUAUAAGCAUCAUUGGAUUUGAAAAUAUCAUUGAAGGAAUAUAUUCACACAAUGAAGAAAAUGUUGUAGAGAAAGAACAGGAGAAAGAAUUAUUUAUUUUUAAUAAGUCUGGAAGACGUUUGAAAGCAGAAGUGCGUAGUGUGUUUUUAAACAUUGAAGAUCCUCAAUCAUCACCACCACAACAGAGAAAACAAAAUAUUAUAAUUCCAUCAUUUUUUAAUCAUCCAACAUCAUGUUCUUGUGAAAUUUGCCAAUACAUAGCCCUCCAUUAUCAAUUUUUAGAAUUAAUGGAAUUACAAUCAUCUCUCAAUCACUAUUCUUUUGAUAAGAAAGAAAAAAUAUUUCUUGAUAUUUUAAAGUAUUAUGAAAUUAUAUUAUUAAAACGAAAAAAUGUAUUUACAUCAAUCUUACCAUUUAUUUUUUGGAAAGAUAAAAAAGGAAUGAUAGAAAAUAAAAAUGAAAUAGUGAUGAAAUCAGACAUUUCUCUAUUUUGCCGUGUUUCAUGUAAAUUAGCAAUUCUUAAUGCAACACAAAAUAAAUUCAGUACUGCACUCAAUAAUCUGAAUAAUGCUUUUAUUCAACUAGAUAAAUCAUCUAAAAUUCAUGAAAUAAUCUAUGCAGAUUUAUUCUCAGAAUUAACAUUACAAAAAGUUUUUAUAUCCCUUCAAUAUGUAUUUAAACAAAAAGAUGAGAGUAAAAGGAUAUUGAAUGUUUGUGGAAAUGUAUCUUCAGAAAUGUCCUCAAUUGCUGAGAAGAUCAGUAAAUUAAAUUUAGAUGAUGAUGAUAAUUCAUCAAGUGAUGAAUUUGUAAAAUUGCCUAUGAAAUAUCUUACAAAAACACCAGGAAAAGUAUCUGCAAAGGGAAGAAAAGGAUGUAGAGCACCAAAAAAGAAAAAAGCCCCUAAUCUCUACAUGGAAAAAUAUAUUGAAAGUUUAGACAAAUCAGAUGACUCAUUAUGUAGUAAUCUGGAAAGUGAUGAAAAUACAGAUUUUCAUAAUCCCAAAAUUCAAAAAGAGUCACAAAAGCUUAAAGCAGAAAUGUUUAAGUAUUCUCACAAAAACAAUUACAACUUNGAUUUCUAUGUUGCAAAGACGAGAGUGCUGCUUUGUUUUGAUGUUGGUCAUUACUGA